UGUUUGCGUGCAAUCGACUCACGAGCCGAGGACAAUAGAUUGACCUCAUCAGGCGCCACGACGUAUUUUCACUCGUACUCCUUCGUGCCGGGAGGUGCGGUGCCCCUGCCACCACCUCUACAUCAUUCAGCGGCCGCUGCUGCAGCCGCCGCCGCUGCCGCUGCUGCAUCGGGCAAUACUGCGCCGGGUUUUGUCAGUCAAUUACAACAGCAGGCCUGUAAUUUGGCUUGCACUUGCACUUGCACUUGCACGGCAAGUAUUGUAGCUGCCGCCGCAGCGACACAGCCUCGGCUCGACUAUUUGCAACAACAUCAUCAUCAUCAUUUGCAGCAGCAUUUACAACAUCAUCGACCUCUCGGCACUGCCACGGUUCUUCUUCAACCAGUUGAUCGCAUCAAAAACGCAAUGAGGGGAAGCGACGAACUUUUAUCACAAAGUGGCGCAGUCAGUAAUGGUUCAGCGAUGAGUCCACAACCACAUCACGCCGCCGAUAACAACAAUGAUGCCAAGAAGGCUAAAUUGGAUAAAACUCAUAAUGGGAAGCCAUCGAGAGUGAUUCACAUCAGAAACAUCCCUAAUGAAGUGUCUGAAACGGAAAUUAUCCACUUGGGCGUUCCAUUUGGUCGAGUCACCAAUGUUCUUGUCCUCAAAGGCAAAAAUCAGGCCUUUUUGGAAAUGGCAGAUGAGGUGUCUGCAGCCACAAUGGUUACAUUUUAUGGCUCCUCUGUUGCGCAGUUGAGAGGACGAGCAGUUUAUGUUCAAUUCAGCAAUCAUCGGGAGCUCAAGACUGAUCAGGCCCACAGCAACGCGGUCAGUAGUCCCACAAACAUCAUCGCCAACCCGACGAACAACACAGCUUUGCAAGCUCAAGGACAGGUCGGACAAGUACAGGGUGGAGAAACGCAAGGAGGACCAAAUACCGUCCUUAGGGUCAUCGUUGAACAUAUGGUCUAUCCCAUCACUCUUGAUAUCCUCUACACGAUAUUCACACGCUUCGGCAAAGUCCUGAAAAUUGUUACUUUUACGAAGAACAGUUCGUACCAAGCGCUCAUACAAUAUCCGGACAUGCUUUCGGCACAGGCUGCUAAAUUCUCCCUUGAUGGUCAGAAUAUCUACAAUUCCUGUUGUACAUUGAGAAUUGACUACAGUAAAAUGCAAAAUUUGAAUGUCAAGUACAAUAACGAUAAAUCGCGUGACUACACGAAUCCAACUCUGCCAACUGGCGACGCAAAUUUGGACGCUGCAUCACUUGCUCUCGGAGGCGAACUUUUACCACAACUACUUCUUGGUGCAGCUGGUACACAGCCACGUGCUAGAUUGCCUGUAGAGUCCAUUGCAGGCGCGCCGAGCGUCUUGGCAUCGCCAUUUGCCGCAAUGCACGGCCUACCAUCGCCAUUGACAGGACACUAUAAUGGAGUGGCACCUGCCGCUGGUCUCGCAGGUUUAGGAGGAUUCACACUCGGUGCCGGUGCAUUGGGAGUACGUGUGCCCGGAAGUCCUCAGCCGUCAUCAGUUCUUCUCAUCAGCAAUCUCAACGAAGAGAUGGUCACGCCUGACGCUCUCUUUACCCUGUUUGGUGUUUAUGGGGAUGUACAACGUGUGAAAAUUCUCUACAAUAAAAAGGAUUCUGCCCUCAUUCAAUUGGCCGAACCUCAUCAAGCACAUUUAGCUAUCACUCACAUGGACAAGCUAAAGGUGUUUGGUAAGCCGAUUAGAGUGAUGUUGAGCAAACAUCAGACAGUCCAACUGCCACGAGAAGGACAACCUGAUGCAGGUCUCACCAAGGAUUACACAAACAGCCCUCUGCAUCGAUUCAAGAAACCCGGCUCCAAGAAUUAUCAGAAUAUUUACCCACCAAGUUCAACGUUGCAUUUAUCGAACAUUCCAGCGACUGUUUCCGAAGAACAAAUCAAGGAAUCAUUCACGAAAAACGGUUUCACUGUGAAGGCUUUCAAAUUUUUCCCCAAGGACAGAAAAAUGGCACUUAUUCAAAUGGCGAGCAUGGAUGAUGCAGUUUCAGCACUGAUUAAAAUGCACAAUUUCCAAUUGAGCGAAUCCAAUCAUCUGAGGGUAUCAUUCUCAAAGAGCAACAUCUAACAAGAGAGACCGCCUUGUGAGCCACAAUGGUUCCAGCCCUACGCCCUUUACCACUAUUGGUAUCCUAGUGCCGUAUACGACUGAUAGACUUACUGCUCGGAUUGAUUCAACAACAAAUGAUUUUUUUCUCAAAUCCCCAUCGUCGCAGUGAGUCUUGGUGCUCGAAAAAAGCAAACAAAAACAAAAAAUCCGUGAAAAGACUUCAUUCAACAAAAUAUCAAAAACAGUGUCGUAUUCAAUAUUUUUUUUUUCUUUCGUUAACCGUCCCUCGAAUGUCAGCCGACGGUUCACAAAAUAAGUCACUGUUCAAAGUAAGAGAGAAAAACUAAUAAUUCGCCCUCGAUAAAUCUACCUAGGGCCAAAAGAAAACUUUUAAGGGCUGGGAAUUAAAAUGCCUAAACAAAACGACUUUGAAGACAGGAAACGAGAAAAACGGUUCAGAAAAGAAAAAAGUGUUUUACAAGCCAGACCUGCGCAACAGAGCUUCAAAUUUAGUGAACAAAAAAAAAGAAAAUACAGAAAAUCAUCAUCAAGAGCCGUAUUUUCUCCUCUCUCAAAGCGUCCGUUAUUUCAAAUCACAGUUAUACGAAUUACUUUUUCGUAUAUUUUUCUUCACAUUCACGAUACAAAAUGAAAAAUGCUUAAAUAAAGAAAUUUUCAAAAAAAAAAAA